GAAUUGACGUCAAUGGCAGUGUUGGAUUGGUUUCGGCCAUUUCCGGUGCAGCAGAGAAACCGUUCGACAGUUGAAGAGAAAAUAAUAAGACGCAAAAAUCCGAGGUAAAAGGACUUUAGUUUGAUCAGAAGGUCUGACGAGAGCUUGGUCAGAAUGGCAUCCAGCAGUGAAGAGGAGAGGAGCCUGCGCGAGUGCGAGCUCUAUGUGCAGAAGCACAACAUCCAGCAGCUGCUGAAAGACUGCAUUGUGCAGCUGUGCACGGCGCGGCCUGAGAGGCCCAUGGCUUUCCUCCGAGAAUACUUCGAGAGACUUGAAAAGGAACAGGCUAAGCAGUUGAUUAACCAACAGAAGGCAAGCUCACGUUCAGACUCGCGUGAGGAUGAGGUUUCUCCUCCCAUGAACCCAGUGGUAAAAGGCCGUAGGAGAAGAGGAGCCAUCAGCGCUGAGGUCUACACCGAAGAGGAUGCUGCCUCCUAUGUGAGAAAGGUUAUUCCUAAAGACUACAAAACCAUGGCAGCCCUAGCCAAAGCUAUUGAAAAGAAUGUGCUUUUCUCCCACUUGGAUGACAAUGAAAGAAGUGAUAUAUUUGAUGCUAUGUUCCCAGUCACUUACAUCGCUGGAGAGACUGUUAUUCAGCAGGGUGAUGAAGGUGACAACUUCUACGUAAUUGACCAGGGCGAAAUGGAUGUUUAUGUGAACAACGAGUGGGCAACCAGCAUUGGCGAAGGUGGCAGUUUUGGUGAAUUGGCACUGAUCUAUGGUACUCCACGUGCGGCCACUGUCCGAGCGAAGACCAACGUCAAACUGUGGGGAAUCGACAGAGACAGCUACAGGAGAAUACUGAUGGGAAGUACUCUGAGAAAGAGGAAGAUGUAUGAAGAGUUCCUUAGUAAAGUAUCCAUUCUCGAGUCACUGGAUAAAUGGGAGCGUCUGACGGUGGCUGAUGCUCUGGAGCCGGUGCAGUUUGAGGAUAGCCAGAAGAUUGUAGUACAGGGAGAACCAGGGGAUGAGUUCUUCAUCAUCCUGGAGGGAUGUGCAGCUGUACUGCAGAGACGAUCUGAGAACGAGGAGUUUGUAGAAGUGGGUCGCUUGGGACCUUCAGACUACUUUGGUGAGAUUGCCUUGUUAAUGAAUCGACCACGUGCUGCCACUGUAGUAGCCCGAGGCCCACUGAAGUGUGUUAAGCUAGACCGGCCACGUUUCGAACGAGUGCUUGGUCCCUGCUCAGACAUCCUUAAACGCAACAUCCAGCAGUACAACAGCUUUGUGUCACUGUCCGUCUGAACACGUACAAAACUCUAUAAUAACGGGGUUCCACUCAUACAGUUGGCUUUUAUUUCCUUUUUACUGUUCUUUUAUUGCUCCCUGAUACGAGCAUAAUUCAUCUGCACUUGAACAUUGCACUUGCUCUAAAAACGGCAAAACGGCAUCUGUUCUUUCUCAGCGUUGACGUACCAGUGAGCCGACAAUCAAAGCUUACUGAAGAUGAAUCCACAGCUUUUACUGGGCAUCAUUUUUACAUUUAACUAUUUAAGACAAAUGAAGGGGUGAGAUUAUAUUUUUAAAAAGUCUAUUCGAGAAGCAUGUUUGCUUUUUAGCUUGCUUUGCUGUAGCUGAAGUAGUUUUCUAAAAAUAGUUUUGUAAGAUACGAACUGAAUUAGCAUUCUAUAAAAACAGUUCGUGAGAACUUUCCAUAUUGCAUUCAUACACAAACUGUAAGCAUGCUUUAUCAAUCUUUAUAUAUAUUGCCCCUACCGAAGUAACUUUUUUUGAAGAUAUUCACAUCACUAAGAUAUCCUUUAUACGUAGCAUCCCUUGACGUGAAGGAAUUAUAGACGUACAGUCCUGUGCAAAAGUCUUAGGCACAUGUAAAGAAAUACUGUCGACCAAAAAUGGCUUAAAAAUAAAGAAAUGAAAUGUUUCAACAUGUAAAAAAAAAAUACUGUAAGCAGUAAACCAUAAUGAAUGAAACAAAGUCAAUAUUUGGUGUCAGAUGACCCUUUGCUUUAAAAAAAAAUAAUUAAAUCAUAGGUACAGUGAGUGCAGUUUUAUGCGGAAAUGAGCUGUAGGUUUUACUGAGCAUCUUACAGAACCAGCCACAGUUCUUCUGGACACUUUGACUGUCUCACUUGCUUCUUAAUUUUGCACCAAAACCCAGCAGCCUUCAUUAUGUUUACUUUUUUCAUCUGAAAAGUGCUCUUUUAUGUAAUAUGCUGCUCAGAUACAAAUUUUUUUCUGUAAUGUUUAAUUUUGUGCUGAAAAAACAAACAAAUGAACGUUUCUCAUCUCAUUAUGUCUAGCCGCUUUAUCCUGUUCUACAGGGUCGCAGGCAAGCUGGAGCCUAUCCCAGCUGACUACGGGCGAAAGGCGGGGUACACCCUGGACA